CCCUGAUCUGUGCAGACUGAGCGGCCCCCUGUGCCCCCCCUGCCCAUCGGGAGGUUCAGACCCGCUGCUUUAGCAGACUGACGGUCAGUGCUGAGGUUUAGGAGCCGGUUUGGACCAUAAACUGCUGACGGAACAUGGCCGCCAGGACGCCAAGUCGCCAUCUGGUUGCUUGUCUUCUGAACAUCUCAGAGGCUCACAGGAAGGACCUGGUGGAGGACGUGGCGAAGGCGGCGCUGCGCGGCGCUGAGGGCAUCAAGCGGGAGGAAACCACGGUCCUGAACAUCUUUAACGAUGACGACUACAACCGCUCCGUCAUCACCAUCGUGGCGUCUGUCCGCUCCAUCGGGGACGCCGUCCUGUCUGCGUGUCAGAGGGCGUGCGCGCUCAUAGACAUGAGCGCCCAUGAGGGCGUGCACCCCUGCAUGGGGGCCGUGGACCUGAUCCCCAUCUACCCGCUGGGGGAGGCGGUGGGAGUGGAGGAGUGCGUCCAGCAGGCUCUGGCUGUGGCUCACGGACUCGCAGAGACGGUCAGCGGCGCCAGCGCCUUCCUGUUCGGCUGGGCCGACCGCCCCUUACAGCGAGGCCUGGCGCUGAGGAGGAAGCAGAUGGGCUGGUUCAGGAAGACCACGGACUGGGAGGCCCUCAGACCCGACGUCGGGCCGCCGCCACGGAAACGAUACGGGCUUACAGGUGUCGGAGCCAGCCCCUACGUCAUGAACUGCAACAUCACCAUCGACACCCAAGACAUCAUGCUUGGCCGAAGCAUCGCCGCCGCCAUCAGGGAGUCUGCGCCGGGGGGAGUUCCCGGGGUGCAGGUGUUGGCCCUGCCACACCAGGGGGCCGUGGAAAUCGCAUGCAAUGUGGAGAGCAUCAAGGGAGACCCCCCCGCUCACCUGACGGCUCAGCCUUGGCCGUCCUUUAUGGUAGACGGUGAGCCGUACCGCCACGCCCCGGCUUCCCUCAUCACGGCCCGGGUGGCUGAGCUGGCGGGGCGCAGGGGGGUGGGGGUGAAGGGCACCGCCCUGGUGGGGUUUACGCCGCGGGAGUGCAGAGCCUUAGCAGAGCUGGCUCUUUCCGAGGGGGUCGGGGAAUUCUGGAAGGAGCAGCAAAAGAUCCGAAUGUGAAGCUAAGUUUCCCUCCUGGGGGGAAGAACCUCCCGUCAGACGGAUCCAGAUCAGACUUCAGUCCAGAACUUUCCUGAAUGUUGGGAAAAAAUCUGAUUAUAACAGAAAUAUAGAAAAGAUCAAGAGGAACAUGUUGGUUCUGCUUCGCUCCAAAGGAAAGUUUGACCUAAAACUAAUAAAACUUUAUUAAAACACUGAGUAAAGUUUCCUGAUUAACGUCUGGUUAAUAUCAGAUAGAAUCAAUCUGACCAGAUGAUCUGGUUGAUCUGGAUCUAUAAAGUGACCUGAGAUGACAUGAUGUGAAUUGGAGCUAUAGAAAUAAACGUAAUAGAAUAUAAAAGGUUCCAUAAUAAGCUUAAACUAACGAUGCCUGGUUUCCUAUCAAACCUCGCUCUGUAUUCCGGUUUUUAUUCCAGGUAUUUUCUAACGGUCUUUAGCCCGUCUGCGGAGUGAUGGUGACCUAGCUUAAUGCGCCGCAUGGCGCCGUCUGCUGACGCUGAAUCGAAGCUCAUUCUGGUUGAAACGAUCGUUCAGUUCCUCAGAUUUAAGCAGGAAACUGCUAGCGUAUAAUUACAGACGGCUGGAGCGACGCCAUCAGAGGAGACGGACGCCAUC